AUGAUCCGCUACGAGGUCACAGGAGAGAAGCUUGUGCCUGAUCAAGGCAUCGUCUUCCUGCACAUGGACGGGGAGGAGAGGGAGGCCAUGCCGUUCUCCCGAGGAGAGUUUCACCUGCUCCUCGCCCACCCAGGCCUCUACCAUCUCCAACUCUCCGUCGACUCGCACGACCGGCUUCAGCGCUUUCUGCUCCUCCCCUUCUCCGUCAAUGUCAGCGAGCAUGGGUGGCAGACAAGCAGCACACCAGACGAGCCAUGCGCGGAGCCCUCGGUGUCAUCGUCAAGUGAGGACGGCGAGCGAGUGCUCCCGCACUCUCUCAGGCGACUCUCGUCCUCCCCCUGCCCCGUCCACUGCCUCGACACCGAGGCGCUGCAGGAGCGAAGAGACGCGGCGGCGAUGGAGCUGGACGAGCACGCGGCAGCAGCAGCUCGCAAGCCGUUUGUUGUUCAAGUGGGAGCAUGUGACGGGCGGAGUUUCGACCCCCUUCACAAGUACAUCAUUGAUCGAGGAUGGCAUGGCGUCCUAGUUGAGCCACUUCCUGACCUUUUCCAGUCCCUCAAGGAAACGUACAAGCACAGUGAAGGACUGAAGUUUGCCAACGUUGCUGUGACCGACCCCGACCAGGCCAUCUCAGGGAUCGGAGCAGCGCAAGAAGAUUUUGAGCUUUACUCGCAGAGAGUCAUCAAACAGAAGGUUACAUGCGUAACCUUGAGCGAGCAGCUGUUCUCCUCGCACCAGGUGGAGCGUAUCGACUGGUUCCAGGUGGACGCGGAGGGAUACGACGCCAGCAUCCUCAAGCAGCUCGACCUCCCUCGCUGGCGCCCAGCCGUCAUUAGCAUGGAGACGAUCAACUUGCAAGCCCAGGAGCUCGCGCAGGUUUACAGCAGCUUGACUACCUCGGGGUACGACGUCUGCUCGGAUGGACGCGACCUACUCGCCCUCCUCACCUCCCCUUAA